UUAAAAUUUUUUUCCGAUCAUAAAAUUUCUCGAUUAUAUAACAUUUUGGCGUGCCGAUCCACUUCUCCAUGGUAUAUAAACCAACACCAAACACUUGUCACCAUCAAACCCACCACCAUGGUACUCAAGUUUGUUUUGCUCGCUGUGUUGGUAGCCGUGGCGAAAGCCGGUGUUGCCCCCGUUGAGGACUACGACCCUAAUCCACAAUACGCCUAUGGAUACGACGUCCAAGAUGGCCUCACUGGGGACUCCAAGAGCCAAAGAGAGCAUCGUGUUGGGGAUGUCGUCCAGGGGAGUUAUUCGGUGAUUGACCCAGAUGGUACAAAACGGACUGUGGAAUAUACCGCUGAUCCAGUCCAUGGGUUCAAUGCGGUGGUACAUAGAGAACCCAUUGCUGUCCCCGUGGCUAAAGUAGCCCCAGCGUACCACUAAUUUAUUGUUAUUUUUGUACAAAAAUCACACACCAUUAAAAUAUUUUUCUAAUAA